AUGGUUUUGGACAUAUCCAAGAUGGAACGGUAUGUGGGGCCGGUCAAUCCUUCGUUAUAUCCUCAACUCACCGUCCUUCUUCUUGGCACCGGCCUCUUCUUCAUGGCUUGGUUCUUUGUUUAUGAAGUGACGGCCACAAAAUACACAAGGAUGUUAUUGAAGGAGAUUUUAAUAUCUGCUCUAGCAGCUUUGUUUCUCGGUUUCGGUUCUGUUUUUCUGAUGUUAUGGGUUGGUAUUUAUAUUUAG